AUGGAGGGCGUCGAGACUGUAGAUGUGAGCUGGCUCCAUCAUUCACAAAAGGGUCAUCUUUCGCGCACAAAAUCAGUUACAGCAACCACUACCAACAGCGACGACAGGGCCAGCCCAGACAAAGAGCUCGCGGCCGCACAGUCCAAGUCAAACCUCCGAUCUCGCUCAAGUAGUAAUCCCACACUCUCGCCGACUUCUGAAGACGCACAACAGCAGCCCGACGGCCUCAAGGAUGCAGUAAAGUCAGAGAUGAAACCAGCGCUGAAACCACAGCCCAAACCGCAGCAAUCGAGGCCUAAGCCGGCCGAGAAAGUCGUAGAGCAGAAACCGCCGUCUUUACCAUCCCCAGAACCUCAGAAAACUGCCCCCAAACCUAUUGCUGGUCGCAGAAAUUCAUGGAUUUCUAAUUUAAGCUCGAAGUUCUCCACCGGUACAACACCGCCAUCCCAGUCUAGCCUCAAGGGAACCCCAGCGAGCCCCAAAGCAACGUCUCCGCUCGACAUUAAUAAGUCAUUUAGCGCGAGCUUCUCUCCGAAGGACAGGGAAGAUGGUAAAGACGAGCCUCAUACUUCUACGUCACCCAAGAGCCCGUCUUUCCUUCACAAUGCGUUGCGCAAACUUUCGUCCAAUACCGGCGGGAUGCCCAAGUCAAACGGUGGACUCUGUCCGCGUCGCACACUGAAUCUUGAUCAAGAUCGUGAGCGGUGCAAGAUUUCUGACCUUCACCAGGGUAAACUGCACCGUGUUGCUUUUUGCGUGGACGUGGAAAUUGCGGGGCUUUCGUAUCUAGACGCUGAUGAAAAUGCUCCCCCUGUCAAUCAAUUACUGCAACCUCGGGUGCAGUCCCAUCAAACAGCGAAGAAGGCCACGUACGUGAAGGAAAAAAGGAAAGAAGAUGGGGGAGCACUUAAGAACUCAGAAGCUGCGGUUAUCAAGAAGGAAUCUGUCAUAAAUCCAGCUCAACCCCUUACUCCGGCUCCUGCUACAGCUUUAGACGCUACUUCUGCGAGUGCUCAGUCCAGCUCCCCUCCUACUGAAACAACCACCGAUGAGCCUAAUAAUAAGCCCAACGUUGAGAUUAAGGAACCCACACGGAAGCAAGAGAAAAAGAAACGCUCCGAGGAGGAAAGGAGGGAGCGGAAGGAACGGAAACGAAGGCAGGCAGUUGCAAACGGGUCGAUUCCACUCCAGCUAGAAGCGCACGACGACGAAGAUGUUCCCAUUCCCGCGGAGACAACUACUACCUCUCGUACCAAGGCUCAGGGUCAGCCUACCACGGACCCUGUGCGCAUCUACCGACGAUGCUGCCAGCUUCGGGAAACACCUGUACUCAAACGAGUAGUCGAUGAAAUUUCAUCUCCAUCUUCGACUCUUGCUGAAUCCCCCGGCACUGUGGCAGCUCUGGAUCUCAGCAAUUUUCCCAUGACUUCGCAGGACGUUGCGACACUCAGCGACUGGCUCGCGGUUGUCCCUGUCCGCAAGCUCAUACUCGAGAAUUGCUCCCUGAACGACGAAUCUGUGCGAGCAAUCCUUUCCAGUUUAUUGUCCACGAAAACUGUGGAGCAGAUGCGUUCUCGCCGGAGACGUGCUCGACGAUCAGAAAAGCUUAUCAUCAUGAAAGACGAACGCUGGGGUGUUGUGGAAAAGCUCUCACUCAAGGAUAAUCCGAAGAUCGGUCGGGAAGGAUGGCGCUGCAUCGGCCUUUUUAUUAAUCUGUCCAAAUCCUUAAAGGCCAUCGAUCUGUCUGGUGUGCCUUUUCCCAAGCCACGGGCUGUCAUGGAUCCCUCUUUAAACCAGGCUCAGGCCCUAUGUCCACUCGAUGUCUGUGAUACAUUUGCCGAUGCCUUAGCACAGCGAUUCAGUGGUGAUAGACUUGAAGAAUUGUUGAUGAGUGAAUGCAAACUUUCCAUCCCACAAGUGAAGAGGAUAUGUGAGGCAGCUACCAAACUUGGGUUACGGAGAUUGGGAUUCGCCAACAACGAUAUGACCAGAGCUGGCUUGGUACAUGUGGUAGAGUAUCUGAAAGCCGGAGAGUGUGAAGGCUUAGAUUUGGGAGGAAACCCUAUUAAGGACGAUCUCGACCUCUUUGUGGAUGCCAUCGAACCCGAACAGCCGCUAUAUGCGCUUAGUUUGGCAGACUGUUCCCUGAAUCCGGCAGUGAUGUGUCCAUUAUUGCAAGCCCUUACUCGGCUUCAUAACCUUCGUUUCAUCGACUUCUCGCACAAUCCUGAGCUAUUUUCGGCACAGCCUAGCGCCCUGGGGCCAUUCCGGCGCUUUCUACCCAAGAUGCCAUCUCUCAAGCGCAUCCACCUGGUAGACGUCGACCUGUCUCCUGAUCAUGUCAUCAGCCUGGCUGAGAUCCUACCGGAAUGUCCGAGUCUGUGCCAUAUCAAUAUUUUGGAGAACCCACAGGUUGUGUCCUUGGCCUCUGCCACGGAGGCUGCGGCUCAAGAAGAGGCAUGUGCCGUCUACGCUUCCAUGAUGACUGCUGUACGUGUAUCGCGAACGAUCAUCGCCAUGGAUAUCGACGUUCCUACCGCGGAGAACAAUGAAGUAGUGAAGGCACUGGGUUCUCAGAUCUUGGCUUACACUCUUCGUAAUCUCGAGGGUGUGCCUAUCGCAGAGGAGUUCCCCGAGUCUAUUGGAGCCACUGCGGGCAAAUACGUCCCGAUUCCCGAAAUCUUGCAGCAUAUCGUUGGAUACUCAAAUGGCAUCGAUGAGACGUUUGAUGAAGACGACGAAGCCGCACCAGAUGAAGACUACGUUAUUGGCGGUACAGGCGUGGUAAAGGCGCUGGGUGUCUGUCUUGGAAAUUUGGAUCAAGCUGGAGGUGACCUGGGCGAUGCCUCUGCUCCCCCCAGUGGUGCGAAUACUCCACGACGCCGUAAAUCUCGCGUUACUACCAAGAGACCACGCGACAUGUCGAAGAACUUGCUUGAAUCAGCCCGCAACAUUCGGACCCGUAUUCAUUCGGCUCUUGUCCGUGAGGACCGUGCUGGUAACGAUGCAAACUAUAGACGUUUGCAAUUCCUGGACUUUACCUUGCAUAAGAUGAUCCAGCGCUUUGAAGAUGAAUAUCCCGAAACCCGUCUGGUUGCUAAGGCUGCCUCCUCUGGCACUGCUCCCGACUCAAAUUCGCUACAUUCUACUGACGACAUUCCGAGUCAAACUGCUCCCACUGGCAAUUUGAGCGGCGACAUUGCGGAGAAUGAACACGCCGUAGAUGACGAAGACGCGGAUCAUUUCGGUUUCCACCUCUCUCGAACCAGCUCGAUGACUUCACUCCAUGCUCGUGCCAUGACCUCAGAAGAGGGUCAAGUUCAUCGCCUUGGACAAAAUCUUCGUCGUGACUUCCUCAAUCCACCAGUUGGUCAGAACGAUUUCGAUGAUGGCGAAUCACACCUCAUUGCACUGCGGGAGAGGCUCGAACAAUUGCAAGAAGAGCAAUCCCGAUCUCUCUUCGACGGCGCAAACGACGACACCUUCAAGUUACUUGGUAAUACAGUUGAUGAACUCUGGGCUGCUCAACGCCAAGACGCCGAGGGCUUUGAACGGUUCAAACAGUCGCAAAUCGCAGCGCAGAUUAACAGUGGCCUUCGCCAUCCCUCGUCUAUCCCAGAAGGAAAAAAUGAUGCCAAUGGCACCUGCCUUGAGAAAAAGUAG